UAUUCAAAUCACUGUGGCGUUAAACACGUUUUAAUAUCUGAUAGGGCCAGUUUCUGCGCAUUGCAUUUUUCCCCCUUUCAGGAACACGUUCAAGCCAGCGGCAGGGGGCGGGGUCGCGCCUCCUCCGCGGCUCCGGUUCCAGCCGAGCCCCACGGACGUGAAGAUGGAAAUCCCAAGGAUACUCCCAGCUCGUGGGUCUCGACAGGGCAGCGGCGCUGGCAGCCCCUCGGGUGGCGGCCGGGUCCACCGAGGCCCUGACCCGCGAGCUGGCCAGGCCCGGGCGCGCCGCCUCCUGCUGCUCGGGAGCCCCCAAGAUGGCGGUCCGGGGCGGCGGCGCGAAGAGGCCAGCGCGGCUACACCCGGCUCUGGCCCAAGCCAGUUGGGUCCGCGGAGGCCUGAUCACGCUGGCGGCGGCGGCGGCGACUUCUUCCUGGUGCUGCUGGACCCGGUGGGUGGCGACAUGGAGACAGCGGGUGCAGGCCCGGCCACAGGGUCCAUAUGGAGGGAGGAAACAGAGCCAGGCCCACGGCCUGAGGGGGGAGAUAGCGGCGCGAAUCUCGCGGUCCGCCCUGCAUUGGGACCUCGCUGCUUGUCUGCAGUCCCAGCUCCUGCCCCUGUCCCUAGCCUGGGCCUCACUGCUGCCUUUGCCGGAACCGUCACCAUCCACAACCAGGACCUGCUGCUGCACUUCGAGAAUGGUGUUCUCACCCUUGCCACGCCCCCGCCUCCUUGCUGGGAGCCUGGGGUCAUGCCUGCCCCACAGCCUGGGGUUCUGAUAGCUCCACAGGUGGGGGAACCCCAGGCCUCGCAGCCAGUGGACUGCCCUGAGCAACCACCAGAUCUGUUGCUGGCUGAGCCAGUUGAACUAGCACCAGUGCAGGCGCUGGAGCAGGAGGGGGAGGUAGAGGGCCCGCUGACUGAUAGCCCCCCUGGGCCACUGGGCUCAGGCCCAGGUGUGGUGCUGUACCUGUGCCCUGAGGUGCAGUGUGGACAAACCUUCACCAAGAAGCACCAACUGAAGGUGCACCUACUGACGCACAGCAGCAGCCAGGGCCAGCGACCCUUCAAGUGCCCCCUGAGCGGCUGUGGCUGGACCUUCACCACCUCCUACAAGCUCAAGAGGCACCUGCAGUCCCAUGACAAACUGCGGCCUUUUGGCUGCCCGGCGGAAGGUUGUGGCAAGAGCUUCACCACCAUAUAUAACCUCAAGGCUCACAUGAAGGGCCAUGAGCAGGAGAACUCCUUCAGAUGCGAUGUGUGCGAGGAUUGUUUCCCCACGCAGGCCAAGCUCAGCGCCCAUCAGCGCACCCACUUUGAACCCGAGAGGCCCUACCAGUGUGCGUUUUCUGGCUGCAAGAAGACCUUUAUCACAGUGAGUGCCCUGUUUUCCCAUAACCGUGCCCAUUUUAGGGAACAGGAACUCUUUUCCUGCUCUUUUCCUGGCUGCAGCAAACAGUACGACAAGGCUUGUCGGCUGAAAAUUCACCUGCGGAGCCAUACCGGUGAGAGACCGUUCCUUUGUGACUUUGAUGGCUGUGGCUGGAACUUCACCAGCAUGUCCAAACUCUUAAGACACAAAAGGAAGCACGAUGAUGACCGGAGGUUCAUGUGCCCUGUGGAAGGCUGUGGUAAAUCUUUCACGAGGGCUGAGCAUCUGAAAGGCCACAGCAUAACCCACCUGGGCACAAAGCCUUUUGUGUGUCCUGUGGAAGGCUGCUGUGCCAGGUUCUCUGCUCGCAGUAGUCUCUACAUUCACUCCAAGAAACACUUGCAAGAUGUGGACACUUGGAAAAGCCGUUGCCCAGUCUCCAGCUGUAAUAAACUCUUCACAUCCAAGCACAGCAUGAAGACCCACAUGGCCAAAAGGCACAAUCUUGGCGAGGAUCUCUUAGCUCAGCUGGAAGCUUCAAAUUCUCUUACACCUAGCAGUGAACUUAUCAGCCAGGGACAGACUGAUCUCAGUGAUGCAGAGCUAGUGUCCCUUUUCUCUGAUGUGCCUGGCAGUAGUUCUGCUGCAGUACUGGACACAGCAUUGGUGAACUCUGGAAUCUUGACUAUUGAUGUGGCCUCUGUGAGCUCAACUCUGGCAGGGAACCUCCCUGAUAAUAGUAAUAAUAAUAAUAAUAAUAAUGAUGAUGAUGAUGCUUUAGGGCAGACUGUGGACCCUCGGGCCUUGAUGGCCACCAGUGACCUUCCUCAAAGUCUGGAUACCUCCCUUUUUUUCGGGACAACAGCUGCAGGUUUUCAACAGAGCUCCUUAGAGGUGGAUGAUGCCUCAAAUCUAAGUGCAGGGCCUUUGGGGACUCUGGGCUCUUUGACUAUGAAAAACUCCAGUCAGGAACCCCAAGCCCUGACCCCUAGCAGUAAGCUAACAGUAGACACAGAUGCUCUGACUCCUUCAAGCACCCUUUGUGAAAACAGUGUCUCAGAACUACUGAUGCAAACCAAAGCAGAAUGGAACUUACAUCCUGACUCUGCCUUCUUUGGACAGGAGGAAGAAACCCAGUUUGCAUUCACCAGCCCAGCAGGAAACCACGUUUCUCAGAAAGAAACAGAUCUUAUCACAGUGACUGGAAGCUCAUUUUUGGUAUGA